CCCCCUACUAGAGGAAGGCGCAAACUCUUCGAUUGAUUACUCAACCUUGUUUCAUCAGUAACUACUCGUCAUGGCGGCAACUGUAGCAGCAACAAAUCCUUCCCAACUGCUCCCAUUAGAGCUGGUGGACAAAUGUAUUGGCUCCAGAAUUCACAUCGUCAUGAAGAAUGACAAGGAAAUUGUCGGUACCUUGCUGGGUUUCGAUGAUUUUGUCAACAUGGUGCUGGAGGAUGUUACAGAAUUUGAGAUUACGCCAGAGGGUAGGCGGAUAACAAAACUGGACCAGAUUCUACUAAAUGGCAACAACAUCACAAUGCUUAUUCCAGGAGGUGAAGGUCCAGAUGUUUGAAGGGAUGUUUUUUUUUCUCUCCGGCUGUUUAUUUGAAAAUGCACCUGCUUUCCAUUCAGUUUGUUCCAUUUUUAUGGCCACAUAUGUUGUACCCAUUUACUUUUCUUACUGGCGCUUUGAAAUUUUAAUUUGAAAUCCAUUUGUAAAUAGGCUGAAUUAUGUGGCAUAUGACAGGCUCCUCACAAUGCCUUGAUUUUUUUGUUAUGAAUAAAUCUUUUUGUGCCCGCUA